UUCAUCCCCACCCUUACACUGACUUUUAACCGUUUCAUUUAUUUUUUACUUAUCGCCGGAAAAGAUCAGCAGAUCGUGAUACAAAAGUAGCUCAAAAAAAUGCCGUCGCAACAUGAACAAGCUCAAUCACCGCCGCCCACUAACUUAUCCACGUUAGACGAGUAUUUGACAGAAGUGGAUGCUUUAACCGCCAUUAUCCGACAAGCUCGGCAGGACGUCGAUAGUAUUGCCGAACUCCACAACGCUUCAUUGGUCGCUUUAAGCGAAUCGGAUACUGACACCAACACCAAGCGACUGGAAACAUACAUGGCCAAAGUCAAACAAGAAAAUAAUGAUAUUAAGAAGCGAAUUAAAAAUCUUGAACGGAGUAACUUGGAUUUAUCGUCUGGAUCUGACCUCCAAAUCAGGCACACACAGGUGGUAAAGCUCAAGAAAAACUUCAUCGACUUGAUUCAGCAUUAUCAAGGUAUCGAGCGUGAUUUUUCAUCAAGAUGCCGACAACGCAUGGAAAGACAAAUACGCAUUGUGAAUCCUGAAAUCAGCCAGGAUGAGCUAGAUCAAAUUAUCGAUUCAGACCAGCAGCAACAAGUCUUUGCUCAAAAUUUGAUGCAAUCUAAUCGCAAGGGUCAAGCCAAAGCCGUAUUGUCCGAAGUACAGCAUCGUCACGAUGAUAUUAAAAAGAUUGAAAAGACAAUAUUGGAACUGCAUCAGCUGUUUGUGGAUAUGCAAACGCUAGUUGAACAUCAGGGAGAGACACUUGACACCAUAGAAAAGCAUGCAGAAACGGUGGUAGAAGACCUAGAAAAGGGUGUGGAGCAUGUAGACAAAGCCAUCCAGUCGGCCAAAUCCACUCGAGCAAAAAAAUGGUGUUGUUUCUUUAUCUUUCUCAUCCUUUUGGUGGUGAUUGCUAUUCUCGUGUGGUGGUUUGCGUUUGACCACCGGACGAGCUAAACCAGGGGCGAGGUGCCUUUUUUAUGAUAGGCAUACGGAAAU